GUGGCUAGCUUGGUCAUAAUACUCUUUCUGCUCUAUUACCUCAAUUUCCGAAAGAAAUCUAAAUGGCUCCCUCAAAAUCAAAAGUGAAACAUGUGUUAUUGUUCCUAAGUUUCUAUAUUCUCCAAAUGACCAUUGGAGACGAUGGCACUUUCAUGUCAAAGCUAGCAAAAUCUUUGAGUCCUACUCCGUCAGGUUGGUCAAUUAGCAGCAACUUCUGCACCUGGAACGGUGUAAAAUGUGACCAAGCACACCGAGUAACAUCUAUCGACCUUUCUUCCAAGUCACUCAAUGGAACACUUCCUUCCGAUCUCAACUCGCUCUCCCAACUCACCUCCCUCUUUCUUCAGUCCAACUCUCUUUCUGGCGCAUUACCAUCACUCGCUAACCUCGCCUUGCUUCAAACGGUUUCCCUUGGCCAAAACAACUUCUUAUCAGUUCCUGUUGGCUGCUUCAAAGGACUCACUGACCUCCAAACACUCUCCAUGAGUUUCAACAAUGACCUUGCUCCAUGGACGUUUCCAACAGACUUGGCUGAGUCUUCCAGCCUAGUCUCACUUGACCUUGGAGGUACCAAUCUCGAGGGUUCCCUGCCCGAUAUAUUUGAUUCUUUAGUCAAUUUGCAGGAGCUUCGGCUCUCAUAUAACAAUCUCACAGGGGAUUUGCCCAAGUCUUUCUCAGUAUCUGGCAUUAAGAACAUGUGGCUCAAUAAUCAGAACGACAUGUUCGGGUUUACAGGCUCUAUUGACGUGCUUGCUUCAAUGACUCACGCGGCUCAAGUUUGGCUUAUGAAGAACAAGUUCACUGGUGAAAUUCCUGAUUUGUCCAAGUGUACCAAUUUAUUUGAUCUACAACUUCGGGAUAAUCAGUUAACAGGUGUUGUUCCGCCUUCUUUAAUGGUUUUGUCCAGUUUGCGAAACGUUACCUUGGACAACAAUCAAUUGCAGGGUCCUUUUCCUUCUUUUGGGAAAGGUGUACGGUUCAUUCCUAAUGAACCUGAUUUCAAUAGCUUUUGUCGAAACACUUCUGGACCUUGCGAUCCACGAGUCACUAAUAUGCUCCAUAUUGCCGGAGAUUUUCGGUAUCCCCUUAAACUGGCUAGUUCUUGGAAAGGGAACAAUCCUUGUCAAAACUGGAGAUUCGUUGUGUGUUCAGGGGAGAAGAUUAUUACAGUGAACUUGGCGAAACAGAAAUUGAAAGGAAUCAUUUCACCUGCAUUUGCAAAUUUAACUGAUUUGAGGAACUUGUAUUUGGGUGAUAACAAUUUGAUUGGUUCAAUACCUGAGAGCUUGACAAGUUUGGCACAUCUUCAGAUUUUGGAUGUAUCUAACAACAAUCUAUCUGGAGAGGUUCCUAAAUUCUCAUCUAUGCUGAGAUUCGAUUCAACUGGUAAUGUUUUGCUUGGACUUGGAAGUUCAUCUCAAAAGUCUACUUCUUCUUUGUUGUUGCUGGCUUGGAUUCUAGGGGCAUCAUUUGGUGUAGGAGCUGUACUAUUUAUUGCGAUGAUUGUUUGUAAACGUGAGGGGUAUCUAAGUUUAGUACAAACAAGGAUCUUCAAGAAAACAAGAAUAUCUAUCGACCAAGAUCAUAUUGAGGAUUUCAUAAAAAGAUAUAAUUUGUCGGUGCCAAAGCGGUAUAGUUAUGCAGAAGUGAAAAGGUUCACAAACUCAUUUCGAGAUAAGUUGGGUCAAGGAGGAUAUGGUGUUGUGUACAAAGCAAGUUUACCUGAUGGCCGUCAUGUUGCGGUGAAAGUAAUAAGUGAGUGCAAGGGAGACGGAGAAGAAUUUAUAAAUGAAGUUGCAAGCAUAAGUAAAACAUCACAUGUGAACAUUGUCUCACUUUUGGGUUUUUGUUAUGAAAAGAACAAAAGUGCAUUGAUAUAUGAAUUCAUGUCCAAUGGGUCAUUAGAUAAGUUCAUAUAUAAAAGUGGAUUUCCAAAUGCUAUUUGUGAUUUGGAUUGGAACACAAUGUUCCAUAUUGCAAUUAGCAUUGCUAGAGGACUAGAGUACUUACAUCAAGGUUGUAUUUCAAGAAUUUUGCAUCUUGAUAUCAAACCUCAAAACAUUCUUUUAGAUGAAGAUUUUUGUCCAAAAAUAUCUGAUUUUGGUCUAGCUAAAAUAUGUCAAAAGAAAGAGAGUGUUGUUUCCCUACUUGGCACAAGAGGAACUAUAGGCUUCAUAGCACCCGAGGUAUUCAGUCGAGCAUUUGGUGGAGUUUCUUCUAAGUCUGAUGUAUACAGUUAUGGCAUGUUGACUCUCGAAAUAACCGGAGAAAGAAAGAGUCGUGAUACUAGAGGGUCUGAUAUGACUGAAAUGUACUUUCCGGAUUGGAUAUAUAAGGAUCUUGAGCAAGGUAAUACUCUUUCAAAUAAUUUAACAAUCUCCGAAGAAGAAAAUGAUAUCGUAAAGAAGAUUACUAUGGUGAGUUUAUGGUGCAUUCAAACAAAUCCAUCAGAGAGACCAUCAAUGAGUAAAGUAAUAGAAAUGCUACAAGGACCACUUCAUUCAAUACCGUAUCCUCCAAAGCCCGUCUUAUUUUCUCCAGAAAGGUUUUCUUUACAAAUGUUAGAUACGUCUUCUAGUAAUCUUUAUGACUCAAAUUCAAUUAUAAUAGAGAAAGAAUAAAAUAUGUUCAACAAAAUCGAAAAUGUUACGCAAUUGUAAUGUGAGGCGUGUGUAUUGUGUUCGUUUUCUUUUUUAACAAUGUAUACCUUUGA